UUACCAUUAAUUCCAGUGUGGAUUUGCUGUUAUUGUUCCAUAAGUAUUUUACAGUGUAGUAUGUUAAUCAGCGUUAUCGCCUCAGUUCAUGACGUACCAAACUCUGCAGAGUUCGCAAUGAAUAGGCUGACACUCUAUGCUAAAGUAACGCACCCAAAUAACAACACUUCAGUUCAGAGCGACCGCACCCUUUGGUUGUUGACAGGCACUGACAGACAGACAGACAGACGGAUACGUGCAACAGAAAGACCGUUCGAAGUGCUAAUGAUGGAGCCGGAUACAAUGACAGAUGUGGAGAAAUUAAACUUGGAUUUUCCUCCUGAAGUAGUUCAAGCCAUUCAGGAGAUAUUGCCUAGUGAUGACCCAUUUGAUGCGCCAGAGUUCAAUACAGUUGAAUAUAUUAAUACAAGAUUUCCAGCAGAGCAGUCUCUUCAUCACAUUGAUGAUGUUUUGGAAGAAAUGAGAUUGAGAAUAACUUCAACAGAUGACCAGAUCAGAACUGUUGUUAGGUCAUUAACUAAUGUAGACCAGGAUGGACGUGCCUCAUUGCUAAAUGCCCAGGAAGCCAUUGCAGAGCUGUUCACUCGUUUUCAGGAUAUAAAAGAAAGAGCUGGGGAAUCAGAACAGAGAGUGAAAGAAAUAACCAGAGACAUCAAGCAACUGGAUACAGCAAAAAGAAAUCUUACUACCUCUAUUACAACACUGAAUCACCUACAGAUGCUAGUGGAGGGAGUACAAAAAUUAGAAGCCCUAAAAGUACGGCGUGAAUAUGGGGAAAUAGCAAGUCUUCUUCAAGGUGUCAUGAAUGUAUUGGAACAUUUAAACCGAUAUAGACAUAUCCCCCAAGUUGCAGACUUGGCCAGACAGGAAGAAAGAAAAAAGCUUACGCAGGGUCUUCAUUGCUGCAUACCUCAUGAAUCAUAUGUUGAUCAAAUUCGAGGAGAAUUAGAAAAACAGAUUCUUGAAGAUUUCCAUCGUGCUUUCCAUGGGCCAAAUGCACGACGAUUUACUCCCACAAAAGAAUUAGCCGAAGCUUGCCUAGUGGUUUCAGAGUUGGAUCCAAAAGUCAAGCGAACAAUCAUUGAAGAUGUAAUUAAAACACAGUUAGCUGAAUAUGAAGUUCUGUUUGCUGGCGGAGAAAGUGAUGCAUGGUUAACAAAAGUAGAUUUACGGCGGAAGUGGCUUCUUAAAACUGCUGUAGAAUUUGAGAAGACUCUUGCCGCCAUGUUUCCACCAUCUUGGCAGGUUCCUGCAAGACUUGCCCUUUCAUUCUGUGAAGUAACAAGAUCUCAGCUCUCUCAUGCAAUGGAGCUUAGAUCACAAGAUAUUGAUGUUGGAACACUUCUUCAUGCUCAUAAGGUUAUGUCUGAGUUAGAAAGUCUGCUCAUUAGAAAAUAUGCAGGAUUUCAGCCUUAUGACCGUACCCCAAGAAAUUCAAUAUCAACAAAUCCUUUUAUUGAAGAUGAAAAAACAGAAUCAACAAAUCCUUUUGAAAGUGAAGCAUCGGGAGAGACACCAGUCUCUCCUUUUCAAGGAGCUGUUUGUAGAUGUUUCCAGCCAUACCUCAAAGUUUAUAUUGAAAAUGUUGAUAAACGCUUGAGUGAACAAAUAGAGAAGUUUGCCAAUGACAUGAAGAACUACAAAUUUGAACAUAUCGAUGCUGAAGAGUCUAAUGUGGUUCCAUGUUGUGGAGAGCUUUUCACCAUUUAUAAGACCGUCUUAGUUGAAUUCUUGCGAUUAGGACCUGGUGAAAGUUUGGGAGGACUGGUUGAAGUGUUUCAAAAGCAUUUAAGGGAAUUCUGUACUAGGGUCCUCCGUGCGACUCUUCCCAGAGUUGGUGCUAAUAUUCCAAUGCCAAAGGAUAUUAAUAUGAAGGAACUCACUGCCGUUUUAGCUCAGGUUCAGACAUUGUGGCGAGAAGGGGAUAGUCCUAAAUUAGUUGAUGAUGAUGUGCGCCGUGUUUGUUCUGUCUUAGUAUCUGCUGAGUAUUGUGAAGAGAUGACGGGACGUUUAGAAGCUAAGCUUAAAGAACGGAGUCCAGCACCAUUGGCAAAUACUAUCAGUCUUACCCAAGAACAAGAUCUUUUUCAUGCUGUUUUAGCACAGUGCAUCGCAUUGUUGGUAACUCAUGUUGAGUGCUUAUGUGAACCAGCUUUAACUUCAAUGACCAAGGUUAACUGGAUGAUGGAACAAACUGGUGACCAAAGUCCAUAUGUGACAGCCAUUGCACAGCACAUAUCAUCAUCUGUACCCCUAGUUAGGCAUAACUUACAUACCUCUCGCAAGUACUUUACAAGAUUUUGUGAUAAAUUGGCUGCUGCAAUCCUCAACAAAUUUGUUCAACAGGUUUACAAAUGUCGUCCCAUUAGUGGUGUUGGAUGUGAACAGCUCUUACUAGAUUGCCAUGCCUUAAAAGCAGUUAUGCUUCAACUACCAGUUGUUAAUUCCCAGGUUCGGCGUGACCCUCCACAAACAUACACACGAAUGGUUGGAAGGGGCAUGGCACGAGCAGAGCUAGUUUUGCAGGUCGUGAUGGGUGAAUAUGCAACACAAGGUGAUCUGGUUGAUAAGUUUCACCGUCUUCUCCCUGAUGCAACUAUUGCUGACUUCCAAAAGGUGCUAGAAAUGAGGGGAGUGAAAGAUAGGGCAUCGGUGCUAGAACUUUAUCGACAGCGCACCAUGGCAUCUGUUACAGAGUCUCCCUUACGCAAUCCUGCUACUCCUAGUAGUGGCAGUCAAACUCCUACUGUGCAGCCAGUGAUAAAUCAGGCUUCUCAAGUUGUCAACACAAUAGUGUCCAGUUCUGUUCAAAGUCCCGAGCAUGAGAUGAGCAAAAUUGCACGGCUAGAACGGAUGCUCAAGUCAAGGAGACUUAUAAGUUGAGAAGCAUCUUAAACUAUUUUGCUUUGUAUCUAAGUUUGUUUUACAUAAA